AUGUCAAAGGCGUCAGAAUUAGAGAAAGUGGAGCAACAAGAGGAAAAUAUAUCAGAACUCAUUAACGGUAGGGGGGUUGUGAAAGGAGCAAGAAAAGAUGUAUUGGGAUAUGCACAGAAGAGCUGGGAAGAUCAAUCAUUGCAAACACCUCAGUCUGCAAUGUUUAAGGUGGGUAGGGAAAGUGAGUCGGAUGUAAUGGAUACAUAUUGUGAGAGUGGUCCCGAAACCCCUGAAGAAUGUUUAGGAAAUUCUGAAAGAGGGCUCUCCCCAAUCAGUUCAUCUGAAAAUGAAGGAUUAGAUCAGAACGUUAAAGAGUUUAAUGAAUGGAAAUUACGGGAAGAAGAAAUAGUCAUAAGGUUGGAAAAGUUGUUGAAGAAUAUACAGCUUUUUAGUAGAGCCAUCACAGUUUAUAUAAUAUACCACAUCACAGUUUUGAACCUGUACCCAUCCAUAUAUACAGUGAAUAAGGAAAUGAAUACUGACGAAAUUUUCGAAUAUUAUUAUGCCCAACAUAUCAUUCCAAAAAGCCUUCCAACUAGUAUAAUGGAUUCAUGCUUUCUAGGUUGUAUAAUCUUUAUACUAGCAUACAUGGCUUCAAGAGCUCUGAAGGUCAAUUUGAAGGACAUUAGAAGAAAUAUGGCCAAGAAAUCUCAGAGUAAGAAAAUCAGGAAGAGUCACAGGAAAAAAAUGAUGGUAUCUGGAGUAGCCGGAAGAGUAUUUGGUAUUUCUUGUUUGUUAAUUAUUUUGGUUGCACUGACACAAUACGUUGCUCAUGAAAGUUUAAACACUAAAGGAUUGUUAGUUCCCGAUAUCUGGUUUUCUCUUGCUAAGGACAAAUACAAAUAUGACGAUUAUAAAGGAUUUACAAGCUUAUUGGCACAUAUAAUAUUAUACUGGACUGGAUUAUCUGUCGACUUCUUUGGCUUUAUUACUGCAUUGAGGAUGGUUUUUACCUAUGUUCAUUUAUUGGAUGGAAUCAUUCUUAGUAUUUACUUAUGUAUGGUUGUAGGGAUUGGCUUACCUCUAAUGCAAGAAGGCCUUUUGGGGCCAAAGAAUUCAUGUAAUGCAAACGAUCACCACUGGUAUAAAUUCGACACUCAUGAGAUAACUUUCUUUAGGGAUGAAUCAGGAAAAAUCCGAACAGGGGAUUUUAGAGGUCCAACAAGCACUAACUACCCACCAUUGUUUUACAGUGAGUACAUUACAAUGGAUGAUGGUGUUAAAAUUGCCGUAGAUAUCUAUUUGCCCAGAAUUAGAUUUGGGUAUAAAACUCUACCAACCGUGGUAGAUAUUACAAGGUAUAAUAGAAGAAUGGAUGUUCAUUGGCCAUUCACCUUAUUCUCUCUUUGGGGUGAACCAAAAUCUGUUUCUAUGAAUAUUUGGUCUUGGCAGAUUACACAAACGUUCAUUCCAAAUUUUUAUGCUGUUGUUGUUGUUGAUACCAGAGGAACGGGUGCUAGCACAGGGCACAGAAUUGUGGACUUUUCAGAGAACGAAGUUGAUGACUUUAGGCAGAUAAUUGGUUGGAUAAAGAACCAACCUUGGAGUAAUGGCAAGGUAGGAGUGGGAGGAAUCAGUUAUGAUGGGAUGGCAGCGAUAAAAACUGCUGCAUCAACUACAAACGAUACAUUAGAGAACAAUUCAGAAGGAUUUAGAAGUGAUAACAAUUUGGUGGACGCAGUUUUUGCUCUUUCAUCUCCAAUGAAUGUAAUUAAAGAACUUAUUGAACCGGGAGGCCUGAUCUGUAAGCCUCUAGUAGAGGAUUAUUAUAGCAUAACUUAUUCAUUUGAACAAUAUGGAUCCCCGCUACUUCACUUCCUGAAAACAGCCACAUAUUAUCCUUUUAAAUUAGUUGUGGCCUUUUUGUUAGUAAUUGGAAAUGUUUCUCCUGUCCAGGGGUAUUCAAGUAUUAAGAAGCAGGCAUUGGAAAUGCACCAGAAGAAUUGGGAUAUGUCAAAGACAAUCAAAAAGUAUAAAUAUUUGGAUGAACAAGUAGAACUGGAUGAUGGAACUUUGAUAUUUGCUGAGAAGCUUGGAAAUACAGAAGAUAUCGCAACAAUUCUUGGAAAUAAAGGAGUCAAUGUCUAUUUAACAUCAGGAUACUGUGAUUCUGCUAAUUCCAGAGGAAUGAUUCAAUUCUAUGAUGCUUUAGUAGAGUCAGCCUCUAAGGCGUACGAGCAAUAUCUAUUAGAGGCUGGAAACAUGGCAUCUAAGGAAAAACCUAUAUAUAAGUUGGUACUUGGACCCUGGACCCACUCUGGUAGGGCAAGCUGUUCUCCAUUUGGAGAAACUACUUCUUGUUUCGAGCCAGCCUUAUAUUAUGACUUGGUAAGAUUUAUGGACUGUGCUUUAAAAGGAAUAUGCUGGGAAAAUCAGGACAAAAACAUUCAUUUCUUCCAAGUUGGAGAAGAAAAAUGGUAUACUACGGAUAAAUUCCCUCCACCAGAUACUGAAUAUCUUCAAUUUUCCUUAGAGAAACAUGGAGAAAAUGACAAAAAUUUGGUCCAGGAAUUUUCAUCAAUUCUAGGCACUAGAUUUGUUCCUCUUGUAUUCCAAACUAAAAAGAAAGAAACGAGAACGCACUUAAACACAAACCAACAUAGUAAUGGAUCUUCGAGCUACAUUCAACUCAAAGUUGGGGAUAACUAUUUCUCUGAAUAUAGAUCCAGAUGGAUGAUUGCAAUGCACCCUUUCAGAGUGACAGUGUCUUAUAAUGAAAAAGGAAAACAGUUAUGGCAUGCUGGUGAAAGACUCCAUCAAAAGAGAAAGAGCAGGCAGCAUAUAAGAUUUGCAACUUCUGCAUUUAAGUCCGAUAUUCGACUUGUAGGAAGUGUUUGGCUGCAUUUCUCAAUUCAGCUUCUUGAUGGCUAUGAUGCUCCUAUCUAUGUAUAUUUGGAGGACAUUUCCCCAGAAAAUAAAAUUAUGUAUAUAACAGAAGGAUUAGCACAAGUUGGGCAUAGACAUGUUAAUAUGACAAAAAGUGCUCUUGAAAACAUUCCACAUGGAUCAGCAAGAAAGGUUAUUAGGCCUCUAACAAAAAGCUAUUACCAACCUUUAAGGAGGAUUGGGGAUGAGUCUCAAAUGCAAAUCACUCUAGAACCCAUUACCUGGACUUUUUUUAAAGGACAUAAACUGGCAAUUUCUAUUACAGGGGCAGAUACAAAGAAUUUUAAACUACAUCAUAUUUCACAAAACAUAAAAAUAGCUAAAACUAUUAACAUUAAACUUGACAGCUCAUUCAUGGUAAAGCUUCCAGUUAACAAAGAAGACUACAAUACUUGGAUUGAGUUAAAUCCUGAAUUUUAA